AUGUCUGACGAGAUGAGAGGCUGGCACAGGCCAGUUCUGUCACCAGAGUCUACCCCGGCAUUAGAGAACUGGACCUCCGAGGCGACGAAUUUCGAACAAUUGGUCAAUUAUCUCCAGGCCUUUUACAACCCGAUGCAAAUCACCCAGCACCACAAACGGAUCUACUUUCUCCCUGUUCAGCAGCGAAAACGAGUUCACUUUGUGGACACGCCUCACACAGAAGUCAUCGGCCUCCAAACUCUAGAUAGCCCAAACCCCUUCGAGAUUUGGUAUCGUCCAUCGCCAGAUGGUGUAUCACGAAUGCAGAUGAACGUCUGUGACCUGAGGGAUGCGCUCAUGGGUUGUAUGCCCCCAGCUGCCCAUUCGAUUGUCAUGGUUGUCGACCAUGACAUCUACGAGGAUGGCGAGGGCGACUAUCUCACAGGUAGAUCUUGGGGCUCUGGUCGAGUAGCAAUUGUGUCUUCGUUUCGCUAUAACCCAUCAUUGGAUGAUUCGGCAGGCAUCGACCCCCUGCACAGGUGGCCAGCUAGCCACUGCAAGACAUAUGUUGACGAGAGAUUCCGCGCCCUGAACAAGUCCAAAGCGUGGAAGAAGAGGAACCCCAUCGGUUCCAAGGCUUUUGGAAAACCUCCUGUCGGCUCUGCGCUUGGUCUUGCGGUCCAAGCAGCGAAGCAAGCUUCACAGCCAUCAACAGCGGACGAACUCUCGAAUCAAUGGUUCGCCCGAGUUACCGUCGCUGUUUCCCGAGAAGUCGCACAUUGCUUUGGCCUGGGAAACUGCACUUAUUACGCUUGCUUAAUGCAAGGUCGUGGGUCUGAAGGCGGAUUUGAAAGGCAAAGAGUCUGGCUAGACGCGCAGCAUGCUGCAGUAAAGGCGUUUUGUAACAAGUGGAGAGCCUGCAUACAACAGCGGCAAUCAAAGAAAACCCUAGAUAUUUCUGGGAAUAACGUCGAACCCAUUGAUCAACACAAUUUUACCUCCAAAACAACCGUUAUCUUCAUCGGCUCCGGCUUCGGCUUCGGCGCCGAUGUCGUGCUACCGACUCCAUUAUGUCUUUAUUCCCCGCCCGUUUUACCUUACAAAUCCUCCCUUUCAAACCUCAACACAUCCCAUUCUGCACCAAAUAUCUUCGAAAUGGUGCGUAAGUCUCUCGCCGUCUUGGCGACUGUAGCUGGAGCUUCAGGUUUCGCUCUCGGUCCUUUCGGAACCCAAAAGCCUAUUGGUCAGAAUGAGCACGACUUUACAUGCGAUUUGCCGCCUGUGCUCUCCCCCGGAAAUGAUGGUCUUCCAUCUGCGAAUGAUUUAUUCGACUCGAAGGAUGCUUUUAAUAAGCAGGUGAAGCGUCAUCAAGCGAUUGUACGCGUUCCGUCGAUUUGCUACGAUGAUCUUGGUGAUGUGGAUAAAGAUGAACGUUGGGCGCCGUUUUAUGAUUUACAUGAUAUUCUGGCGAAGACGUAUCCAGCUAUACAUAAAUAUGCGAAGCUGGAGAAGAUCAACAAGUUCGGUCUUGUGUACACAUUUGCUGGAAGCGACUCUUCUCUCAAGCCUUAUCUUCUUGCAGCUCAUCAAGACGUUGUUCCUGUACCUGAUCCAUCGACGUGGACGCAUCCCCCCUUUGACGCCUACUUUGACGGAGAGUGGCUUUGGGGUCGUGGAGCAUCGGAUGAUAAGAACAGUCUCACAGCUCUCAUGUCUGCCAUUGAGACGUUACUCACCGAGACGAAAUGGCAACCAAAGCGUACUGUGAUCUUGGCAUUUGGAUUUGAUGAGGAGUGCUCUGGUCCUCGAGGCGCUGCUAAGAUCGGCGAGUUCCUAACGGAAAGAUAUGGUGACAACGGUAUCCCUUUCAUCUUGGACGAGGGUGGUUCAGGAAUUCAGCUUAUCGACGACACUCUCUACGUUCUUCCCUCCGUGCAGGAGAAGGGCGCCAUUGAUAUCUGGGCCGAACUUCGCGUCAAGGGUGGUCACAGUUCUAUUCCUCAUCCUCACACAGGCAUCGGUAUCAUGGCUGAGAUCAUCUCUGCUCUCGAAGCAAAGCCUUAUGAACCUUCUAUCCUCAAGGGAAGUCCCGUGUACAAUCACCUCGUUUGUCUGGCACGCCACUCACCGGAAUCUCAUACCAAGCUUCAUGAUCUUCUCAAGAAGGAUGAUCUGGAGAAAUUGAAGGAUGAGCUAAUUCGUCUUGAUCCCGUGGCCAAGUUCACGAUCCAAACAACCCAGGCUGUUGAUAUUAUUCGAGGUGGUCAGAAGAUCAACGCUAUGCCUGAAGUUGUCAACUUGGGUGUCAACUACCGUGUUGCACCCCAAGACAGCCUUGACAAGGUGCAAGAGCAGUUCGUAAAGAACAUUGACGCCGUUGUUCAGAAGUACAAUCUCACUCUGAGCGCCUACGAGGACGACGCAAAGUCUCAAAACAUCAAAGCUAAAUUCGACUACGAUGGUCACCUUAAACUCACAGCGAUUCGCAACUCGGUCACAACGCCUGUAUCACCAACAAGCGGACCAAUCUGGGAUAUUUUCUCUGGCACAAUUCAGCAUAGUUUUGCUUUCGACGGUGGAAAGGUUGUACCUGUCGGUGAAAUCAUGACUGGUAACACUGAUACGAGACAUUAUCUGAAUUUGUCGCCAAACAUUUAUCGCUGGACACCGAGUCGACAGCGCGGUUCAGAGAACAUUCAUACGGUCGAUGAGAGGAUCAGAAUUGAGUCGCACAUAGACAUCGUCAAGUUUUACUACGACUUGAUCCGCAACUUUGACGCCGCCGAUUUCUAG